GCUUGUGGUGGACUUCAGAAGAAAAGACAGAGAACAGUCCCUCUUAAAGUAUCUCUUAAACUCAACUGUGCAUACACUACUACUCACCAUGGAGCUGCUGCGCUAAUAAGUUAGUUAGCACUAAUAAGUUGUGCUAAUAAGGUUUAUUCUGAACAAACUGGGCAGUGUUGGAAUAAUUUUAGUAGUCUGGAGGUUCUUGCUUUCAUGAUUGCCAACCUGAGCCAUGAUCUGGACCAUAGAGGAUUGAAUAACUCUUACACAGAGAGGUCAAUGCAAAUGACAGCAAGUGAUAUAUGUGCAAUAUCUAAACCAUGGCCAGUUCAGAAAUGGAUUGCUGAACUUGUAGCAACAGAGUUCUUUGCACAAGGAGACAGAGAAAAGUAUGAAUACAACAUUCAGCUGACAGUUGUGAUGGACCGUGAAAAUUCCACACGUUUACCACGCAGUUGGAGUAUAUUGACAGUGCAUGCCCGCACACAUCCUGUUAGAAAUGUGUGUCAGUAUGUGUGCUAUGUGUCUUCAAAGAGACUCACUUCUGUUUCAAAGCUUUGCCUCUGUUAAUAUUCCAAUUAUUCCCACAUAUUAUCAAAUUCAUGCUGUUGUGUUAAAAAAGAAUAAUUGCGCGCUCCAUUUCUCUUUCACUCUAUGAUAAUGAAUCCUCACCAUUAAGUUGUCAGUCAACACUUAAACAAUGUUGAAACAAAGACCAGUAAUAAGGGAGAGGUGGAAUAUGAUAUAUGUUAUUAUUUUAUUUGUUUGCCUAUUUGUUGCCUAUUGAUUGCGUAGUUUAAAAUGACCAAUCAAACCCAUUUAUACAUAA